AGCGUUAAACUGAUCACGUCCAUCGAUCACAUUUUGUAAAAUGAAGUAUACCCUUGCGAUCGUUUUGUUUUUGAUUAAAUUUUGUGUCUCAAACGAAUUAAAGUGUGGCCUAUGUGAUGGCAACGUAGAAUCGGUUGAAUUUUAUUGUGAAAACUAUGCAGAACCAUUGCCGUAUAAUUGUACAACAUCAUUUUUACAGUGGAUUCAUACUUGUGAUAAAUCCAAGGUAACAGAGCUCAAAAUUAGCGGAUGUGAUCAUGAAACAGUGGCACAAAUAGCAGGCGACUUCAAGAAUGUGCGAUCGUUGCAUAUUCCAUAUUCUGGUUACGAAUCGUUGGAUACACUCGAACUGAAACUUGACCGUUUGGUGACAUUGAACGCAUCGCAUAAUCAACUUACGAAAAUGUCAAAAGAGUUUUUCAACCACACACCAAAUGUUGCUGAAGUUGAUUUGUCAUAUAAUAAAUUCGGAGAAAGCGGAUAUGUUGACUUACCUGACGUGAAAACACUUCAUCUAUCUCACAACAAAAUCACGUCACGCUAUCUGAACUACAUUAAAGCGAAUAAGUUGGAAUACUUGGAUUUGGAUAAUAAUUCGAUUGACGAACUCACAACAUCUUUUUAUUUCUUGAAAAAUUUGAAAACACUUCGAUUGGAAAACAACGAAAUACAUGGAUUGGAUACUGUGUGGUUGCUGCGCAACGAAAUUGCAAUUCAUGUUUCGUGGAAAUAUGUAACUAAAUUUCAUUUUUUUUAUCUACGUGGACAGAUUCGUGCUGUUGUAAGCAAUCAAAAUGAAGGAGUUUUCCACAAACCAGAUGGAAGUGUUGAAUUACGAUGCCGUGAAAUGGGUUUUGAAAACUUAAAACUUUUUCGAUCCGUUGAUGUUAAAUUUGAAAAUGUAGCAGAUGUAAUACGUUGUUUCACACCAUCACUUGAAAGGCUCAGGAUAGCCGGCAAUGAACUUAUGUCAGAAUUCAAUUUUAUGUGGCUCGAAAAUCAGAAACAUUUGAAGCUGCUGAGAAUUGAUCUUAAUUCAAAUAUCAAACUGAAGAACAUCUCGUAUUUGAAAAACUUCACGAAAUUAAAUAAUUUGGAUCUCUCUUAUAAUCAAUUGGAAAAUGUAACAGAACUGAUACAACACUUAAAUCCGUCCAUUAAAACAUUAUACUUGGAUCGAAAUUAUUAUGAUGAAUUAAAUGAUGCAACAUUCCAAAAAUUAGUUAAUUUAAAAGAGUUACGCAUGAGAUCUUCAAAUCUUUCACUUGUGAAUGUGAGUCCAUUUAAAGCUCUUACCAAGCUUGAAACACUUGAUGUGCGGGAUAAUACCAUAAAAACGUUAAAUUUAACAUCAAUGCCUGGAGAAAACUUAGAAAAACUCUUUUUAAGCAGAAACGAUUUGAAGGAAUUGGACAACCUCACUCCAACACGUUUUCCAAAAUUAUCACUUUUAGAUAUAGGAGCAAACCAAUUUCCAUGUGAAUAUUUAAGAGUGUUUGUGCCGAAGGUUAGGCAUGAAUUCAAAAAUAUUGAUUUGGGCUACGCUCCAUGGAUUCAAAAAUUCGAAGACUGUACUCCUGAAAAUUAAUAUGUUUUUUUUUAAAUAACGUCAGAAAAUAUCAAAAUUAAUUUAAAUUGCGAUCAUGAAAUAUGAAACGUCAUCAAAUGUGCAAUAUUCAAUAUAGAGAAUGAAAAAAAAAUGCAGUAGUUUGAAACGUAAAAAAGCGCUGAGAAUGACCUUGAAGAUCGGUCCAGCCGCUUCGCAUGGUUUUCUCCAAUCUGCAUUGGCAUAUAUUCCGGUUUGAUUUUUUUCUAUCGCACGAAUUAUUGCACCACGAUACAUGUAUCGUUCCAUUUUAUGACCGAGUGAUGAAAGGCCCGCAAUUAUUUCCUGUAGAAAUUUGAUAAAAAAUUGAAAUAAAUUUUUUUUAUUGAA